AUAUCUUCAACGUAAUGACGUUACCCUUCCGCUCAACUGUCAGAGUGACGUUCUCUUCACGCAAGUCUGUGGCGACGUGGAAAUAUGUUGGAAGGGGACUAGAUACAGUGCCCAGUGUGGUAGUGGGAGAUGAGGCAGUGAGAAAGAGAGCCUCUCCUCAGACCCCGUGUACUCAGGAGAUGGGAGCCAACACCAGCCAGGUCAGUGACCUGUGUGAGAACCAGAGCCUCAGGACCCUGAUCGGAACAGAGUCCAUCUCAGAGAAUGAUCCCUUCUGGAACCAGCUCAUCUCUUUCACCUUCAUCAGUCCCACUAGCAGUGGGGACUCCAAGCUGUUGGAAGAGGCUGUCAUUCCCCUCGCCAAGAUCCUGAUUGAGAACAAUCCCAGAACAGGGAAUUUUGGAGCCCUGGUGAGAAUAUUCCUGGGAAGAACCAAAGAGCUGAAAAUAUCCACAGAAUGCCAAGAUCAGCUGUUUAUCUGGCAGGCCCACAAUGCCCUGUUUAUGAUCCGCUGCCUGCUCAAAGUCUUCAUCAGUGAGAUGACAGAAGAGGAGCUGCACCAACAGUUCUCCUACCAGGAGAGGGCGCCAGGCUCCUGCGACACGGGGAGAGAGGACUUGCUGGAGGAGCUGAUGUGUAACCUGGUACACCUGGUCGUGGAGGUGCCCCUGCUGGACAUCACGUACAGUAUCCUGUUUGAGGCUGUGACCACCAUGUUGGUGUUACUGUCCUACCAGCUCUUCCACAAGGAGAUACUGAGAGACGGACUCAUUUACCAGUACCUGAUGAAGGAACGAUGUGUGUCCCUGACCAGUCGGUUAGUGAAGACCCUGCUGUAUAACUUCAUCAGACAGGAGAAGUGUCCUCCUCCCACCACACACAUCUUUGAUCAGCAGUCUGACGGUGGAGGCCUGCUCUACGGCCUCGCCUCAGGGGUAGCAAGUGGGUUGUGGAGUGUGUUCACACUGGGCGGAGCCAGCAGUAAACCAGGAUUGGAGCAGGAACAGAACCCGCUUCCCUUAUCCAAUCAGAGCCUGUUAUUACUCCUGGUGCUAGCCAAUCUGACAGAUGGACCAAACGACUGCCCCAACCCCUACAGACAGGCUGUCACCUGCUUCAAAAACACACAAGACACGUCGUCCAUCCCGACAGAGCAGCACCAUACGUUCCAGAUUAACUUCAACAGCCUGUACACAGCUCUGUGUGAGCAACAGAGGUCUGACCAGGCUACGCUGUUACUCUAUACGCUGCUGCAUCAGAACACCAAUAUGAGGAACUACAUGCUGUCACGCACAGACAUGGAGAACCUGGUGGUGCCCAUCCUAGAGAUCCUGUACCAUGUGGAAGACAGGAACUCUCAUCACGUCUACAUGGCCCUCAUCAUCCUCCUCAUCCUCACUGAGGACGACACCUUCAACAGAUCCAUACACGAGGUGGUAUUGAAGAACAUAACGUGGUAUUCAGAACGUCAGUUAACAGAGAUCUCUCUGGGUAGUCUACUCAUCCUGGUGGUCAUACGCACCAUCCAAUACAACAUGACACGGACCAGGGAUAAGUACCUGCACACCAACUGCCUGGCAGCCCUGGCCAAUAUGUCAGCCCAGUUCCGCUGCUUACACCAGUACGCUGCCCAGCGCAUCAUCAGUCUAUUUGCACUGCUGUCCAAGAAGCACAACAAGGUCUUGGAACAGGCUACCCAGUCUCUGAGAGGUCCCCGGGGGGCAGACGACAGCUCUGUGCUGCCUGACUACAAGAGGCUCUACAUGUUUCAUGCAGAGGGAGUGAAAUUGGAAGAGGCUCUACAUGUUUUAUGCAGAGGGAGUGAAAUUGGAAGAGGCUCUACAUGUUUCAUGCUGAGGGGUGAAAUGAGAAGAGGCUCUACAUGUUUCAUGCAGAGGGAGUGAAAUUGGAAGAGGCUCUACAUGUUUCAUGCAGAGGGGGUGAAAUUGGAAGAGGCUCUACAUGUUUCAUGCAGAGGGGGUGAAAUGAGAAGAGGCUCUACAUGUUUCAUGCUGAGGGGUGAAAUGAGAAGAGGCUCUACAUGUUUCAUGCAGAGGGGUGAAAUUGGAAGAGGCUCUACAUGUUUCAUGCAGAGGGAGUGAAAUUGGAAGAGGCUCUACAUGUUUCAUGCUGAGGGGUGAAAUGAGAAGAGGCUCUACAUGUUUCAUGCAGAGGGAGUGAAAUUGGAAGAGGCUCUACAUGUUUCAUGCAGAGGGGGUGAAAUUGGAAGAGGCUCUACAUGUUUCAUGCAGAGGGGGUGAAAUGAGAAGAGGCUCUACAUGUUUCAUGCUGAGGGGUGAAAUGAGAAGAGGCUCUACAUGUUUCAUGCAGAGGGGUGAAAUGAGAAGAGGCUCUACAUGUUUCAUGCAGAGGGGGUGAAAUUGGAAGAGGCUCUACAUGUUUCAUGCAGAGGGGGUGAAAUUGGAAGAGGCUCUACAUGUUUCAUGCAGAGGGGUGAAAUUGGAAGAGGCUCUACAUGUUUCAUGCAGAGGGGUGAAAUUGGAAGAGGCUCUACAUGUUUCAUGCAGAGGGAGUGAAAAUGGAAGAGGCUCUACAUGUUUCAUGCAGAGGGAGUGAAAAUGGAAGAGGCUCUACAUGUUUCAUGCAGAGGGAGUGAAAAUGGAAGAGGCUCUACAUGUUUCAUGCAGAGGGGGUGAAAUUGGAAGAUUCUGAAACGAAUAAAGAAAUGUUGGUAAUAUUGGCAUUUUGAUGACAUUAACUCUGCCCAGAAGAGAAGUAGGAAAGAACCUUUUUAAUAACUGGAAUGGAGUUCAAUUUAUACAAAUAUAAGCAGAAUCUCUGUCUUCGACCAAUUUACUUUAUCCAGAUAGUUUACCAAACUCUUCAAGCAGUGAUAGGAGCACUGGAAUUGAGUAUGAGCAGUCGAAGAGAGAGAGCAAUGACAUACAAUGAUAUAACAUGCUAUUAUUUUUCCAAUUGGAAUUCCUUUCAUUUGGUCAUGGGAUCUAAUCAUAGCAGCAAGGGAUUCUAUGACCGAAGCAAAAAGUUGUGCACUGGUCGGACAGCCUUGCCGUGUCCCUCCAGACAACAGGAAGGGGGUUGAGUAUUGUGUGUUGGUUUUAACUACAGCCGUUGGUGAAUUAUAAAGAAUUUGAAUCCAAGAGAUAAAUAAUAGAAAAUAGAAGUAAAGUAUUUCCAUUCCAUUCUGUCGAAUGAUUUUUCAGCAUCGAGAGCGAAAACAUUUGGGAUCUUAAGAUCACUAGUGUGACAAAGAAUGUCAAUAUAUCUACGUAAAUGAUCAGGAGAGAGAGGACCCUGCACAAAACCAGGUUGGUCUGUGUGGAUGAGAUUCUAGGUGCAGAGUUAAUAUAAUCAACAUUUAAAACAUUUCAAAGUGACACGUCUAUGGGAGGAGCAAAACGUCUUUAUCCUUCUUCUUCAGUGAAGUAUUAGCUGCAUGACGUAAAGUAGGAGGAAGCUGUUUUAGACGGUCAUUGACGAAGAGGGAGAAAGCGAGACAUCGCCCGGCUCAGAGAAUUGCUAAUAGAUUUCUAUAGGAGAACCAUCUAAUCCCGGUGUCUUUUCAUUUUGGCUGAUAGCUCAUCAGUAGUAAUGGCUUGAUCUUUUUAGUUUUUUAUUCAUUUAAACUUUAUUUAA